CCGGAGUGUUUCUCUCCCAUUGCCUAUAGAAAAGUAUAAAUCCUAACUGGCGUUGAACGGGCCAGCCCAGGGGACAGUGAUUAAUGAUAGUAGUGCAUAAAGGUUAACACACUGAACUGAAAAGUCUGUUGACUGGGAUCCUCGUGCUACAAUGCGGAGCGCUGCACGCCUCGAGAGAAUCCUUUUGUUUCCUCCUCCAAUUGUGUUUUUAAAAAAAUUCUGCCCACGAAAGUUUGCCAACCCACCCUGUCCCGAGAGUUUAAUAGUUUCUCUUACUCCACUGGCAUUGUAUCAUUGUGAAAAGCAGCUCCUUCUAUUCAAGUGUUGGUGGUCACCUCAAUAGGUCUACAAACGCCCAUAUGGUGACUACCAUUGAAGAAUCACAGUAUUUGAAAAGGGGAAAGUUUGGGUUUUAAAACAUUUCAGUUGGCCUGAAAAGGUUUUACCACAUUUUGUCACAUUUCCCUUAACCAUUUGAGCGCUUGGCCAUUGUUGAUCAAUGAUAAAAGAAUUUAUACUGAAGCAACAGCCUAACCAAAGUAUAUAUCACAAAUUAUUUCACAGCCUAGUAGAGGGUCAUGUUCGUUAAUAUUGCCGCUGUACAAGCAUCGAAUAUUAUAAUAACAUCACACGUUAAUGCAUUCCCGCAGAAGCGUCUACUAGCCAGUUAAAAACAUCUAGCGAAAGCGCACAUAACGGCACCGUUAAUAUCGCACUCUGAUAUCGCGCCCAAAAUGAAAGAAUAAAAAAGCUUUCACCUAACGGCGGCAACAAUAAAUGAGCACUUUCCUUAAAUCCAAAUACACAUUUGAAGAUAAUUAUAGCCUGCUUUCAGUGAGUAUUUAAUUAUAACCUACGAGGUAAUGAGUGUCAAGUUUUUUUCCUAAUUUUUUUUUUCCACAGGACAAAAAUGCCCAAGGUUGCUUCGUAUUCUAAUUCCAACCCUAGUCAAAAGUGGAGAAUUUGCAUGUUUGCAUUGUUGCCUCAAAUUAGAGAUCUCCUGACUAGCACUUAUCAUCGAAAUCUAAUCAACAUUGAACAAAACAAAAAGAUCACUUGAAAACAAAUACCGCUUAUUCAAUGUAGCUCUCGAAAGUUUUUUUUUGCGCAAUAGCCUAUUGAAGGAAAGACAGCGGCGACUACUUUCACGCGUCGUAUUUGCCAUAUAUUCGGUUAGAUGAGUCUAGAAAAGAUUGCCUCCCAAAUAACAUGAAUUUGUUGUGCUAAUAUGCUUAUAACAGUAGAAAAUGCACUUGAGCUUACGUCAAUGUUUUGCUUAUUUUACAGAUGGCUGCCAGCAGCAGGAUGGGGGAGGUGAAAACACCAACUCAAUUAGCUCCAAUGGCGAGGAUUCGGACGAGACCCAAAUGAGGCUACAACUGAAAAGAAAGUUGCAAAGGAAUCGCACGUCAUUCACGCAAGAGCAGAUAGAAGCUCUGGAAAAGGAAUUUGAAAGAACUCACUAUCCAGAUGUUUUUGCAAGGGAAAGACUCGCUGCCAAAAUUGACCUCCCAGAGGCUAGAAUACAGGUGUGGUUUUCAAACAGAAGAGCGAAAUGGAGGAGAGAGGAAAAACUCCGAAAUCAACGAAGACAAGCCAGCAACUCCUCCAGUCACAUUCCCAUCAGCAGCAGUUUCAGUACGAGCGUCUACCAGCCGAUCCCGCAGCCGACCACUCCAGUGUCUUUCACAUCAGGGUCCAUGCUGGGAAGAUCAGACACUGCCCUCACUAAUACGUACAGUGCCCUGCCACCUAUGCCAAGCUUUACCAUGGCAAACAACUUACCCAUGCAGCCCCCAGUGCCUAGCCAGACAUCCUCCUACUCUUGCAUGUUGCCCACGAGUCCAUCAGUGAAUGGGCGGAGCUACGACACAUACACUCCUCCUCAUAUGCAGGCGCAUAUGAACAGCCAAUCAAUGGCCACCUCUGGUACCACAUCAACAG